AAUGCUUUAUUAUCAGCGUCGUUAUCGUCUCCAACCGAGCCGAGCUCCGAGAAGCGCCGCGCCAUGGCCGCGUCUCUCCUCCACCUCUCACCCCUCCUCCUGUCCCCUCCAAGUUUCAGAGUCCCUCGUCGAUCCUCGAAUGCCGAUAUUGGGGUUUUUGUGAGGUGUGGAGUGUUGGGAGCACAAAGAGAUGGAUCUUUGAAGCUCCGUUAUGCUUAUAGGGAGGAGAGCGUUCCUUUCUCUAAGGAGGAGAAUUCACAAAGCAGAUCAAAAUUGCCUGAUAAGGCAUACACUGACAUGGACAGUAUGGGCGAGUUUGAGAGACAGCUUCAAGAUUUCUUUGUUGAGAUUAAAAGCCAGCUUGAAAUGGGUAAUAAAGAUGAUGCCAUUGACCUACUUCGAGCAAAUUAUGAAUCAGUGAGGGAACAAAUAGAAGAUGGUUUAAGAGGCAUAGAGCAAGCUGCUACUCUAGACAUCAUAGCGUUAGGAUAUAUGGGCGUGGGUGACUUCAAAAUUGUUGAACAUCUUUUAGACACGUUGGAUGAGAUUGUGAGCAUGCUGAAUGAUGAUGUUCCACUAGUGGAUUCAAUACUGGUGCAUAUGGGCAGUAUGUUCACCGCUUUAUGCAAGUUUGAGGAUGCUCUUCAUGCAUAUGAAAGGAGUCUGAAAAUUUUAGAGGUGUACUUUGGAAACCAGAGCCCUUUUCUCAUACUACCACUUAUGGGCAUUGCAAAGGUGUUGAGAUCAAUUGGAAGAUCUACUAAAGCUAUAGCAGUCUAUCAGCGAGCUGUUGAUAUCUUGGAAAAGAAGAGAGGAAUGGGAAGUGAGGAGCUUGUCGUACCUUUAUCUGGCCUCGGCAAUUUGUUGCUUAGUGAAGGAAAGGCAGUAGAGGCUGAAAAUUGCUUUAGCAGAAUUUUAGAGAUAUAUAAAGAAGCAUAUGGAGAGAAUGACGGAAGGACUGGGAUGGCUAUGUCUUCAUUUGCACACGCUCUCUGUGCAAAAGGUAAUGUAGAGGAAGCUAUUGAUAUGUACAAAAGAGGCCUCCAAGUUAUCAAGAAUACAAAUUACAUGGCUUUGGAUGACAGUCUUCUUGAGAAGAUGAGGGUUGACUUGGCAGAACUGCUCCAUGUGUCAGGAAGGGAACAGGAGGGAAGAGAGCUACUACAAGAAUGCUUGGUGAUCACCGAAAGAUUUAAAGGGAUUGAACAUCCCAAUUCAGUGACACACCUUCUGAAUCUCGCCGCCUCGCAUUCUCGUUCAAAAAAUUUUGUGGAGGCAGAGCGCCUACUGAGGACAUGUUUGCAUAUUAUGUCGAAAUCAGUUCGCCCAGAUGAUCAAUCUAUAACCGUCCCUAUGUUACACCUUGCUGUUACUCUGUACAAUCUAAAUCAGGAUCAAGAAGCUGAGAGUCUGGCUCUAGAAGCUGUAAGAAUACGGGAGGGUUCAUUUGGAGAAGAAUCUCUUCCAGUGGGUGAAGCUCUCGACUGCCUAGUCUCCGUUCAGGCAAGAUUGGGAAAGAACGAUGGUGAUAUAUUGUGCAAUCUGAAAAGGAUUUUGAGCAUCCAAGAGAGAGAGUUGGGUUACGAAAGCGAAGAAGUAAUGCUCACUCUAAAGAAAAUCGUAUUCUAUUUGGAUAAAAUGGGGAAGAAGGAUGAGAAGUUACCUAUUCAGAGGAGGUUAUCCAUGCUUAAGACCAGAUAUAAGCAAAAUGUUCCAAUUUAAGAGACGCUAAAAAUCCUCUGUGCGAUGACUCUGACAGGGUUUGGAACUGUGUUUGGUCUCUCACAAUGAAGAUCCAUUGCGCGAUGAAUGCAAAUGCUAAACUACAAAGGUCGAGGACGAAGCUCCAUUGUUCGCAAAUAUCGUGGCAUCGACGGUCGCUGAUGCCUCGUUUGUCUUUUUCACAACAAAAUUAGCAGAUGUAUAACGCAGCCUGAAUUGUAAUGCCAUUCUGUAUUCUUAUCUAUGUCGGCAAGCCAGCUGAGUUUUUCAGUAAACGUGAUUAUGUUUCCCAGAGUCAAGACGGUAUAUAAUCGUGGCUUGUGUGCGCAGUUCUCAUCUGAAUUAUUUUCGGGCCUGUAAUUUUGAAGCUUGACGGAUCAAGUCGGCGGGCCAACGACAUUCGUUUAUCUUCUAGUAGGGCGAAAACAGAUCGGAUACGGUCGGAAAGUUGUCGAAAUUAUGUCUGUAUUUUUUUGUUUUAUUUGAAGCAUAAGGAUAUGUAUUAUUGGAUGUUGAAUUUUUGUUACUAUAAAUUGAGAUGUUCUUUUGGAAUUCAAA